UCUAUUAGCUGGGCUGGAACUGCUUGCUCAGAGGGAUUUCCCUCUUAAAAUAAUGAGCAAUGUCAAUAUUGUUUUCUUUCAGGUUUUUCAGGGCAGGAGCAACAGUUGUGUCACUUCCAAAUGUCUGGCCUUUUCUGAGAGUCUCAGAAAUCACUGAAAAUCAUCCAAAUGUUAGAUGAAGAUCACAUCCAUUACUUUCAGUGCGUUUUGUAUUGCAUUCAGAUCUUUGUAGGCAGUCUGUAUUUCAUUUCCUAUGGAGGGUGCAGCUCUGACAUGUGCAACAGGAAUGUCUACCAGCCACCCUUCACUGAAGACCUGUGUGAGCAGGAGUACCUGCUUCGAAGGAUAAGAAAACGGCCCCGAGUCCUGACAUUGUUAAGUCUGCCUGAAGAUGUUCUGUUUCAUGUUCUGAAAGGCCUUCCUGCUGAGGACAUCCUUUCAGUCAGAGCUGUGCACUCACAUCUUAAAUACCUUGUGGAUAAUCAUGCUAGUGUUUGGGCAUGUGCGAGUUUCCAAGAAGUAUGGCCUUCUCCCAACAAUCUGAAGAUGUUUGAAAGGGCUGCUGAAAAGGGUAACUUUGAAGCUGCUGUGAAGCUGGGGAUAGCAUACCUGUACAAUGAAGGCUUGUCCAUCUCUGACGAGGGUCGUGCAGAAGUGAAUGGAUUAAAGGCAUCUCACUUCUUCAGUCUGACAGAGCGUUUGAAUGUGCGCGCAGCCCCCUUUAUCUGGCUUUUUAUUCGUCCUCCUUGGUCCUUGAGCGGAAGCUGUUGUAAGGCUGUGGUGUAUGAAAGUCUCAAAGCAGAAUGUCAGUUGGAGAAAGUUCAAAAAGGAUCUAUUCUCCACUGCUUGGCUAAGGUCUUAAGCCUUUUUGAGGAUGAAGAAAAAAGAGAAGAAUCUCUUGAAAUGUUUGAAGAAUCUUCAAAGCAGGGUUGUUUAAAUAGCUCCUACCUCCUUUGGGAAAGUAACAGAAAGGCUGCUAUGUCAGAUCCGGGCAGAUACCUCCAAAGCCUCAGGAAGCUACGGGACUAUGCUGCAAAAGGCUGCUGGGAAGCACAGAUAGCUUUAGCUAAAGCUUGUGGAAAUGGAAACCAACUAGGAUUAGAAGCAAAAUCUUCCAAUGAAAUGGUGUCUCAGAUCUUUCAAGCCUCCCUUCCUGUCAGCAAGCAAAGUAUCUUCACUGUGCAGAAAGGAAUGAAUGAAACAAUGAGGUACAUCUUGAUUGACUGGUUGGUGGAAGUGGCUACCAUGAAAGACUUCUCUAGCCUAUGCCUUCACAUGACAGUGGGAUGUGUGGAUCGUUAUUUGAAGCUGAGACCUGUACCCCGGGCUCGACUCCAACUCUUGGGAAUUGCCUGCAUGGUCAUUUGCACACGUUUCGUCAGCAAAGAGAUCUUGACAAUACGGGAAGCUGUGUGGCUAACAGACAACACAUACAAAUAUGAAGACCUAGUCAGAAUGAUGGGGGAGAUCAUUUCUGCCCUGGAAGGAAAGAUAAGGAUACCUACUGUUGUGGACUACAAAGAAGUAUUGUCAAACAUAGUCUCGCUGGAGAGAAGAACUCUUCACCUUUACAGCUUCAUUUGUGAACUGUCACUCUUGAACACAAGCCUCUGUGUGUAUUCCCCAGCUCGUCUGGCUGUUGCAGCACUGCUGCUGGCUAAGAUAUUACACAAGCAAGCACAUCCCUGGACAAGCCAGCUGUCUGAAUGCACUGGUUUCUCUCUUGAAGACCUGUUGCCAUGUGUGCUAAGCCUCUACCAAAAAUGUUUCCACGAUGAUGUCCCAAAGGAUUAUAGGCAGGUGUCUUUAACUGCAGUUAAACAACGAUUUGAAGAUGAGCGUUAUGAAGAAAUAGGUAAAGAGAAGAUGAUGAGUUACAGCCAGCUGUGUUCACUGUUGGGUGUGAAGCAGGAAGACCCAGAGCCCAGCCCCUUGCACACAAAUAUGGCGGAAAUUAAGACUUUCCUUAGCUCUCCCUCUGGAAAGAGAACUAAAAGGAGGAGGGAAGACAGUAUUCAGGAUGACAGAGGCAGCUUUGUGACUACACCCACAGCUGAGCUAUCUACCCAGGAAGAAAGUCUUCUAGACAACUUUCUGGACUGGAGUUUAGACUCCUGCUCUGGUUAUGAAGGUGAUCAGGAAAGUGAAGGCGAGAGAGAUGGAGAUGUGACAGCUCCCAGUGGAAUCCUGGAUGUAACUGUGGUCUAUAUGGAUCCAACAGAGCACUGCUGUCAAGACUCCAGUGAUGAGGAUAACCUAGCCGCAGGCUGGUCUGAGCACACAGUACCACUGAGUGAGGCUCAGCUGACAGAUGACUGUUGUGUUCUUCCAGCAUAUCUCACCCCAAGAAAUCCUAACGUAGAAGGGAGCUCAGGCUACUCCUCUGUCAACAGCACCAGCCCUACAUCUUCUGUAGAAGGCAGCUUUGGAGUACCUCUCAAAACUACCUCAGCGCUGUCUCUUGGCAGUGCCAUGAACAAGGGGCCAUGUCCGCCUCAUUACUUGAAAUCACGUUUACAAUCAGUCUGUGCUAGGCCUAGUGAUGGCAAGUGUGACAGAAGACAAGUCAAGCGAAAAAAUGUUGCAGAACACAGUGAAGAAAGGGUGAACUUGGGCUUCUUAAGCUUCUGAUUACAUGCUGUUUACUUUUAUAGGGAUCCUGGAAAUAGUAUUUCUGUGUAGUCAUGCAGGUGGUAGUGAGUAAUUGUCAAUACCUCCAAGAAGUGCCCCCUCCCUUCAACUUUGUCUAUGCCUAUCAUGGUCUGCAAACCUAUCUUGUGCUUCUGUAGCUCAUAUCUGGGCCAUUUCCUUUCUUGAUAGCUGCCUUUUUAAAGUAUUCCCUAUUGUCUGAUCCUAUACAAAUUAAGACCCUUUUCUAUGUAUGAAAUUUACAGUUCAUUUGGCAUCAUGCCUCAUGAGUUACUCCUUGAUGAUAGAGUACUUGUCAUGUCCCUUGUUUCACUGUGAGGCCUGGCCCUAUUUUAAAAGAAGUAGCUUUAGUUGCCAGGUUACUGGAUGUAACACAAUGCUUGAACUCUUCCACUUGAAAGAUCUUUUUGAGACUAUGCUACCUUAUCCUUCCUGCCAGGUGCUAUUUCACUCAGCUGGUGCUUUCCUAUUCUGUGUAUAUACCACUUGCUGCACUGAUCUAAGGUGUUUGUUUUUUUUAAUGGAUACAAUCAAGAGGUAUAUGAAGGCUCUCUGCAGGUCUGUUUUUGUUGGGUGUUUGUUUUUUUUUUUUAACCUACCUCUCAUGUGGCAACUAGUGCCUGAGACAAAUGGGCUAAAUCCAUGUGUUCCCUCACCUGAAAAACUGCCCUUCUGUGCCUUAACACGUCACUGCCUGAUACAGCAGUAAUAUCUCUGUGAACUGUUAGUAUAUGCUGGAAUAGUGUGGUUAAAUUCUCACCUUGAUCCAGUGGCUUAACUUCAUUUCCUGUCUUGCAC